AUAGAGAGUUUACGAAACACGACGCGACAGGUCGAGACGAGCUGGGGGAGUCUAGUAACUAGCGCGACCAUCUCAUGUUUUUCCAAUCCAGCUCGUGGACGCCAAUUUCACAACCCAGAUUUUCGAUUUUUACGUUGUGAGGACAACGCGGACAUUUCAAUCGCCCAUUCACGAAGAAGCUGUGAGAUGAAUUCUCAAGGACCCCACGAGGCAAAGAACCAAAAGUUCGUGAACAUUGUAGUAUAAUUAAUAUAUAGAUUUUAAAAACGGUUAAGUUGAGGCAAAUAGUAAAACUAAUGUCAGGCGUUCUACUAAGCUAAUGGGCUAGCCCUAAAUGAUUUCUUUCUAAAUUUAUGCAAAGGAAGUUAUAGUGUGACAUUGCUAUUUUUUUGUUAUUCAUAUCUUAACUGAGAGUAGCUCUUCAUUUAUUUUUAGAAAUGUAUUUUACCGUUUUUCCUUGAAAUCCAACAAAAUGAAAAUUGCCAUAAAGAAAUCCAUUAUAUUCCAUGUUGCCACUAAAUUUUGAUUAUGUGUUGUUGAUUGUGGUACAAUUGUUUAUUAGUCUGAAAUUUGCAAAUAUAAAUUUAUUCAUGAUUUGGAUCAGAUAUGAGUGCUUAUUGUGUUUUUUCUAUUCUUAUGUUCUAUUAAUUAGGCCAAAAAUGACAUGGACCUUAGAGCAUGACACGCUGCUCUGUAGAGAGAUCCUUGUUGAGGAGCCCUUUCAUUUUAAAAUGGGUACUCGAGAGCGUGGUCACGUUUGGGAUAAGGUGGCUACCAAUUUAAAUAAGAUAUUUGAACCACGUUUCUCUGUUGAUCAAAGAGCAGUGAGGGACCGAUUUUUGAAGCUUGAACGAGGCUUUAAAAAAAAGAUGUCAGAAGAAGAGCGUGCCAGUGGUAUCAGCCCACCAGAGCCAACUGAAUUGGAGCAAGCGAUUCAGGACAUUAUUGAAAGGGGGGAUGAGGCACAGAGUGAAAUGGCCAGGGCUGGUGAGAGAGUUGCAGAAAAGGAGAAAGAAACAGCUGAAUCUGUAAGAAAACGCUCUAUGGAAAGAUUGGGAGAGACAAGGGAGAGAGAGUGUCAGGAAGGUGGGAGAAAAAGAAGAAAGGCUGAUGGGGACAAAGAGGUGAUCAACUAUAUGCGAGAAAAGACCGAGAGAGAUCGUCAACUAAAAAGAGAAGAGUUUGAAUUGAGAAGAAGAGAGAUUGAGGUAAAAGAAAAGGAAAUUAAGAUAAAAGAGAAAGAGAUUGAGAUAAAAGAAAAAGAGAAGGAGAGAGAAUGGGGAGUUAAGAAGCGAGAGCUAGAAAUGAAGGAAAAAAAUAACGAGGCAAGGGCAAAUAGGGACAGGGAUAUGAUGGUCAUGUUUCAGCAGCAGCAAGGGCAAAUGCAGCAUCAGAACCAGCUGCUGCUUGAUGUUGUCAAUAAGCUGUUGGACAAAUUUACUUAAAUUUUAGCCAUAUUGACACUAAAAUUGAAAUAUUUUCCUAAAUAAGCCUUUCUAGAAUCAACAUAUUAAACAAGACCUUCUGUUUAAUAAACCUUGCCACUAUUUUGCUACUAGAUUUAAAAAACACCUUUUUUACAGAUAUCAAUGUUUAAAUAUUAAGACAGCUUCUAUAUAAGCUCCAAAAGUUUAAAGGAAUCAAUUUGAUCUAAAUGUGUUGAGUUUUACAUCAUUUGUUUGUUAUCCAUGAAUUUUGUAAAGUAUCUUGUAUCUUUAAUGAUUUAGGCCUUUUGUGCAUAACUCAAUUAGGCAAUUACAAUCCUAGAAACUGUACUUGGUUCUCCAAGAAUUUCUUUAUGAGUUAACUGACUUUCAUUAUCAGGAAAGUACCACUUAAAACUGUUCUAUUCUUUACACUAAAAACAUAUACAGUAAACAUCUACAAAGCACUAAAUAACAAACCAGUGAACACUGAUUCUUUUCAUCCAAUUAACUAUGCAAGACACAGUUUUAGUUUCACCAUUUUAAAAACUAACAAAAAUUCUUGAGAAAUCUGUUAAGUGUAGAAGAUGUUUGAGAGGAAGAUGGCAAAUUUAUUGCUUAGCUAGAUGACAAACUUGCUGCUUAGGGGGCUGGUUAAUGAAAUAUUUGGUUAAAGGUAUAUUUUAUAUUCAUAAACAAGCAACAUUCUUGGUUU